UUAACGGAAGUGGGAUUUAGCAAUAGCUUGAAGUGAAAGUUGUCAAGCGUGCUUGUUAUCAAGUUAUGGUCUCAUAGUCCAUCUUUACUCUCAUUUUGUGGCGCACUUAAUUGAGACAAAAAAUAUUUUUUCAUCGUUAAUGAGUCAAAAUAAUAUGCGUGGGACGUUUGCAUUUAGCAGACGCGACGCGUAUAAUGUUAGUUGUAUUGGCUAAAGCUAGAGUAGCUAGCUCCUAUAGCUUUCCGAUAGACACUGUUCGAUGACAACUAGGAUACAAACUCUCGAAUUUAGCUUCAAUUUAGUAUAACAUUUUUUUUAAAUAAGAAUGCCUGAGUUCGUAGAUGAAGACGAGACAACGCCAUUACUCAGAGAUGACCCAAGGGGCAAUGACUUCCAAGAUGACAAUUACAAAAGCCGAUGGCGAUCCAUCAGAGUCAUGUACUUCACUAUGUUCCUCAGCAGCGUGGGUUUCACUAUUGUUAUAACAUCACUGUGGCCAUACCUGCAAAAAAUCGAUGACAGUGCCAAUGCCACAUUCCUGGGAUGGGUUGUAGCUGCCUACAGCCUAGGCCAGAUGGUGGCGUCGCCACUAUUUGGUCUUUGGUCAAAUCACAGGCCGCGCAGAGAACCGCUGGUGUGCUCCAUUUUAAUCAACCUGUCCGCUAAUAUCUACUAUGCCUAUGCAUACCUGCCCAGGACACACAACAAGUACCACAUACUCAUGUCCAGAGCCUUUGUGGGAUUUGGAGCAGGUAAUGUGGCUGUUGUGAGGUCCUAUGUUGCUGGAGCAACAUCCCUGAAGGAGAGGACAAACGCUAUGGCCAACAUGAGCGCAUGUCAAGCCUUGGGUUUUAUCCUUGGACCAGCUCUGCAGGCUGGCUUGACGUUCAUCGGUGAGCUUGGCUACACCUUGGCCGUCAUUGACUUGAAGCUCAACAUGUACACGGCACCUGCUCUACUAGCCACCAUCUUCGGCGUCAUCAACAUCCUGUUGGUCGUGCUGGUGCUCAGGGAACACCGCGUCAACGAUGACGGGCAACACAUCCAAGCCGUCAACUACAUAUCCGAAGAUCAAGUUAGCAUCACUGAGGACUCUGAGGAAAACAUCGACCGAGUCGCUGCUGUAACCUCUAACGUCCUUUUCUUCAUCGUCAUGUUUAUUUUUGCCGUUUUCGAGACGAUCGCCACCCCUUUGUCCAUGGACAUGUUUGCUUGGACGAGGAAGGAGGCCGUAUUCUACAACGGCAUCAUCAUCUGCUGCAUCGGGUUUGAGUCCAUCCUGGUCUUCCUGGUGGUCAAAGUGGCCUCUCAAAGGGUUGGGGAUCGUCCUGUCUUGCUUGCAGGCUUGGCCAUCAUAUUCUGCGGCUUCUUUGUACUGCUUCCAUGGGGGAAUUAUUACCCGAAAAUCCAGUGGGCAGACCUGAAAAACAACUCGUUGAUCAGUCAAACGUCGUCCAACGGUACUUUGGAGCCGACUGGUUGUCCGUACGAGCAAACGUGGUGCCAGUACACGCCCGUCAUCUACCUGGCUCAGUACAUCUCCUCGGACUUCCUUAUCGGAGUGGGCUACCCGGCUUGCAAUGUAAUGUCCUACACGCUCUAUUCCAAAAUCCUUGGACCCAAACCACAGGGCGUGUACAUGGGCUGGCUGACUGCAUCUGGCAGCGGAGCGCGGACUUUGGGCCCCGUGUUUGUCUCGCACGUCUACACCCUCCUAGGACCACGCUGGGCAUUUGCCCUCAUCUGCAUCAUGGUCGCAGCCGCCAUCGUCCUCCUCAGCGCCGUCUACCACAGACUUAUCGCCUUCUCUGUACGCUAUGGGAGGGCGAUAGAUUGAGGACGCCGUUUUUUUUCUCUUGAAGAAAGGCCAAAGAUGAUUUUACAACGGGACCAAUGAGUUACUGCAAUUUUGUUACUUCAACUGCAUUUAACUGAACACAAUUUUAACUUCACUGGCACACUGACUGGUUUAAAUAAAUGUGACCUAGCGCUAAUGUGAAUAUACAUAUUUAACUUUGUGUGUUUUAAUGAAGAAAUUAAAUUUCAUAUUUUUAUGAUUGCUUA